UCUAUCGAGUGUUUAGUCUGCUCGUCAGAUGACGAUCCUAAUCAAAAAUGUACAAAAGGUACUUUACCCGCUCAGGACUGUCCUCAGGAAGGAGAUGUAUGUUUUUCAAGAAUCAAUGGAAAUAUUUUAGAGAGAAACUGCCUCUCUACACUCCCUGCGGAAGAACAAGCCAUCUGCACUGCAACUGAAGAUCGUUCGUGCAUCACGUGCAGUGAACCUGGUUGUAAUACAGAUCACUUACAGCAGUGUUUCCAGUGCAAAAAGUCAAUCAAUAUAGAGUGCAUUGAUAUAGUCAUCAGUGGUACGCUGGAGUCUUCCUUUUGUCCACAGUUUCUACCCAAUGCUCGUUGCUUUGGGCGCAUUGUUGAGGAUGAGUUUGAGCGUGGAUGUAGCGCAGAAUCUGAGGAUGUUUGUGCGGGAAACAAUCGCUGCCUUGCCUGUGCUGAAGAUGGAUGUAAUGUAGAGUCGGAGACGCAUUUGAACAAUGUGGCUAAAUGUUUCCGAUGCACUUCCGUAGAAGGAAGUAAUGAAGCAUGUGAUGAAGGUGCCCUCGAAGCGGAGGAGUGUGAUCAGCUUCAGGAUGAUUGUUAUACGCGUGUUCAAGGUGGUACACUCGAACGAAACUGUUUAUCAACUCUUCUAGAAGUAGAGCAGCAAAAGUGUCGCGAUGAAGAUGAUACCACUUGUUACGCAUGUGAAGAGCAUGAAUGUAAUCAUUUUCCCAGGCUUAGAUGCUAUCGGUGCUCUAGCUUGGAAGAUCCUCGAUGUAACAACCAGGCAGAGAGUGAUCUUAGCUACGAAUUUUGCGACACUUACAAACCAGACGAUCACUGCUACGCUAGAAUAGUAGACGAUCAUGUUGUGCGAGGCUGCCGAGUUGAUUUACAAGACCAUGUGGGCGACGUGUGUGCGGGAAAUCCGUUCUGUUACGCUUGCUAUAGAAGUGGCUGUAACGGUUUGGAGGAGGAUACGCUGAAAAACAUGGCCCGGUGUCUCACUUGCAGCACAGACCGUGAUGGGGAAGAGUGUGGGAAAGCUGCAAUGGAGGCAGAACUGUGUGAACAAUUGGAUGACGUUUGCUUCACGAGAGUAACGGAUAACAAUCUUGAAAGAGGAUGUCUUACGACCUUGGAAGUAGACGAACAGAAUAAGUGUCGUGAUGCGUCCAAUGGAGCUUGUGUUACAUGCCAAACACCUGCCUGCAACACUCGAAACUGGCUCAAGUGUUUGUCCUGUAAAAAGUCAGAUAAUGUACAAUGCACAGAUCCAGCACCAUCUUCUAUAGAAGAACUUGCAUCAUACUGUACUAAAUUUGACGCACAAUCAGCAUGUUAUGCUAGAAUUACUGAGAAUGAUCUUGAAAGAGGUUGUUCUAUGGACGUUAUUAAUCCAGAAGAUGUUUGUAAGAGUACUCUGGCUUGUGAGAUUUGUGCAACGGAUAACUGCAACGCCCAACCAGAAGCAUCACUGUUGAGCAUUAGUUGCAUACAAUGUUCAUCGAAGGAUACAGACAACGAUUGUAACGAAGAUCUUCCUGGAGCCCUACAGUGUCCCGAAAAGAAUGAUCAAUGUUUUUCCCGUGUAAAUGAUGGCAUAUUGACUAGAAACUGUCUGUCAACACUGCAAGACAUUGAGCAGCAAAAGUGCACCAAUCCAUCAGAGCUCUCCUGUACAGUAUGCGAACAGCCGGGAUGUAAUGGAAAUCGCUGGACAAAGUGUCAUCAGUGUGAUAGCUCCACUUCCCAAACAUGUGCAAACGAGCAGAGCGCUAAUGAUGCAAAUUUUUGUAAGCUAUAUAAUCGGGAUGCAAAAUGCUAUACAAAGAUUGGCACAAAUCAGCAGCUCACCCGUGGAUGCCUUUCGGAUGUUGGUAUUGAGGAGGAACUUUGCGAUGGCGCCGAGGUUUGUGUUACAUGCCAGGGAGAUUCUUGUAAUAAGGUACCGGAAGCUUCGUUGGUUCCUAAUAAAUGCCAACAGUGCACAUCAGCCGACGAAGGAUGUGUUUCGGGUACGGUAGAGAGUACACCGUGUCAACAACAGCAAGAUCGGUGCUACACAACCAUCAAUGCUGAUAAGCAACUUGAACGUGGAUGUCUUUCGUCGUUAAGUGAGGAAAUGCAAAGAAUUUGCGAGAAUGAAACAGAUCCAUCAUGCAUCAUUUGUGCUGAUGCUGUUUGUCACCAGUUACAGUGGCCUCAAUGCUAUCGUUGCCAAAGCGCAGAUCAGGAGGACAACUGCAAUCAAACCCCUGGACCUGCCCUGCUGGGUUUCUGUCCAACCUACCAAGAAAACAUAUUCUGCUAUGCAGCGAUCGAGGAUGGAAUAUUGGCACGGGACUGUACAGAUACGCAUGAAACCAUCUGCGAGGAUCUAAAUCGCUGUGUGGUAUGUCAAGAUGAGGGAUGUAAUGAUAUUUCCCGCGAUGUGCUCGAUACCGUACAGACGUGUUUGCAGUGCCGUUCGGACGUCGAAGAUUGUGAUCAUCCGCAACAACCUCCCUUCGAGUGCAGGGAACGUAAUGAUCAGUGCUUCACAAUGGUAGAUAGAGAAUUCAAUCUCCAUCGUGGUUGUGUGUCCGAUCUAGACCUGAACGAUUGUUUGGAUGGCGAUCGUUGCAUGAUCUGUGUGGACAAAAACUGCAACGACGCUCCGUGGGCAAAGUGUUACCAGUGCAACAAUGCUACAAGUGAUGAGUGCUCGGGCAAACAAGUCAACAGCGAAGGAGUGAAGUAUUGUCAACAGUAUGAGGAGAAUGGAGGAUGUUAUGCCAAGCUUGAACAGAUGAUAUUUACACGAGGUUGUACCUCCGAGCUGGAAGACCUACCGUGUGAUGAUCCUCAGGCUUGCGUUCACUGCAUCGGGGAUGGAUGCAACCAUGACUCUUUGAAAGGCUACUUCAACCCUGCCGUUUGUUUGCAAUGUCACUCGGACAUGAACACGGGUUGUACAGAUGGAACUGCUCCAGCGGUAGCCUGCGCCAAUCCGGACGAUCGCUGCUUCUUCCGUCGAGCUUCAUCGAAAGCCAUUCACCGGGGUUGUUUAUCGGAGCUUGCCGCUACCGAUCAGUGGCAGUGUCAGAGUGAAACCAGCACAGCGUGUCAUACGUGUGAAGAGACGGGUUGCAACUCCGCAGAGUGGAGGCGUUGUUAUAAGUGCAGGAAUCUCGCCGACGGAGCAUGUAGUGCGAAGCAAACUGAGCAGAACAGUACAUUCCUGGAGUUCUGCAUGAAGCAGGAUGACAGUUGCUUCGAGGAUAACAACGAAGGAGAUAUCUAUAGAGGAUGUGGCAAACACUUCUGUGCUUACCAGAAAAUCUGCCUCGAGUGUACAACGGAUGCUUGCAAUGGACAUUCACAAACUGAGCUGGAACCUAGCCAAUGUUUGGUAUGCGAUUCGGAUAAUCCAUUCUGUGCGAAUGGUACAGCUCCUAGCUCAUAUUGCGAGUACCUGAAUGAGCCUUGUUACUCAAUGGUUCGCGAAAAUGGCAUUCUUGAGCGAGGAUGUUUUUCUAAUUUAACUGAUUCGUACAAAAGUAUGUGUAUGGAUAUUGGUAAUCGUUCCUGCAUAGCGUGUAGCGGCAAUUCGUGCAAUCACGAUUCCUGGCUACAGUGCGUACAGUGUCGAUCGCUGGUGGUCGAUCAUUACUGCUCCAGAGAGAUGAGUCCGCUAGAAUCACACUUUUGUCCGCGGUUUGAGCCAAACGAUCGAUGCUAUGCAAAAGACGUCCAUGGGUUAGUCCUCCGAGGGUGUCAGUCAGACUACGACUCUAUGGAUGAUCCAUGCAAAGGCUCUGAGGAAAAUGAUUGCUAUACCUGCAGCAUAGAUCAUUGCAAUCUAAAGUCUCUCAAUGGUGUUGAUAGAGUCCCAAAACAGGAUGUGUUGGUUUUUGUAGUUAUAACAAUUGCCCAACAUCUUUUAAUUCUUCUAGAUUAGCCAACGUGUAUGAUCGUUUAUUUCUAGCAUUUUAUUAUCAGUAGCUGGAUCUAGUCAACUUUAUACUCUUUUCAUGUGCUUUGAACACCC